UUAAAUCAAAAUGUGAAGCAACUUCCUUACCUCCUUUCUCUAUGAUAGAAUCUAGAAUCAAUCUAGAAAACUCGAAAGGAUAGAAUCGUAAGCUCAGCUUACUAUAAAAAAGUUUUAUUUUAAUUUUUUUUAAAUCCAUGUUAUGAAUUGUAUAUUUUAAUUACAAUGCAGAAAAAUCAAAAAGUUGGGUUCGACUUCGACAGUUUUGAAGAUAAAUGUUUGGUACCAAAUUGUUUCGAUAAAGUGGCAUGGCAAAUUGGAAAAACAUAUAAAAUUCGGGUUGGAUAUGUGUACAAUCCAUCAAAUUUUUGGAUAAUUCGUCACGAGGAGGAAUUAAACCUUUUUCAUAAAUAUAUCACAUAUUAUUAUAGUACGAAGGGUGAUGAUUAUUUAUUGCCCGAAAAGGAUAUCAAACGAGACAGUUAUUGCGCAGUUUAUAUUGACGAUUGUUACUACAGGGCUGUUAUAGUAGACAUACCAAAAUUCCUUUGCGAAGAACCACAAGUUGUAAUAUUUUCAAUAGAUUUUGGUUUUACGACUGUCGUUAGUUGUGAAAAUUUAUGUUAUCUCAGUGAAAAAUUGCGCAGUGUACCAAGAUUCGCGAUAAGAGCUAGAUUAGCCGGUAUAGAACCUGACAAUUCGGACUCUUGGAGUAAUAAAGCAGCGGAGAGAUUCAGCCAACUGAUCAUAGGAAAAAUAUUACUAGCAGUAUUAGAAAACAAGGAUACCUUAUUACAAGUAUUAUACAUAAAAUUAGGAGAAGUGACGACUACAAAUGAAAUAAUAUACAUCGAUCAAAUUCUCUUCGAAGAAAAACUUGCUGUGGCCUCGAAGAUGCGUAGAUUGAAAAGCAAGGAAACUAAAGACAGAAUUGUUCCAAAAGUGAAAUAUCCUUUCCUGUUCCCAUCGCAUAAUGCAAUAGAAACGAGUUUGAUGCCAUCUAGUAAUUACGUAUCAGAAUUGUUGAAAUCUUCUCCAUUAGCUUGUUCGUUAUUGUUUAAGCUAUUGUAUCAUAAAAAAAUCUUUACAGUACAAAAUUCGAUCCUCACAGACCUGUGAUUUAUUUGCAAUUUCAGUUUUAGUUUUUUAAGGAAAAAUGUUUUAGUUCGUUUCUUAUAUUACAAUUAAAACUAUUACGUCAAAAGGAUUUUAUAUUGUGUACGUUAAAUAAAAAGCUAACU